GGUGACCACGGUGGCGCUGGGCAAACACCGGCUGUACGGGCGCGAGGUGGGCGAGGAGCGGCGCAUGGUGGCCAAGCGGGUGGCCCACCCGGACUACGACCCCUCCACCAAGGACAACGACAUCAUGCUGCUCAAGCUCCUGGCUCCGGCCGCCCUGUCCGAGCGCGUCCGGCCCAUCCCGGUGGCCUCGUGCCUGCCCCGGCCCGGCACCGCCUGCGUCACCUCGGGAUGGGGGGCCACCACCUCUCCAGAAGUGACGUACCCGGAGGUCCUUCAGUGCGUCAACGUCACCCUGUUCUCGGCGGCCGAGUGCCGGAGCUUCUACCCCAACUCCAUCACGGCCAACAUGAUCUGCGCCGGCAAUGUCCGCGGUGGCCAAGACUCCUGCCAG